AUGCCCACGCCUCCCACGCCCACACCUCCCACAGCCACACCUCCCAUGCCCACGCCUCCCACGCCCACACCUCCCACAGCCACAGCUCCCAUGACCACGCCUCCCACACCCAUACCUCUCACAACCACGGCUCCCACACCCACACCUCCCACACCCACACCUCCCACAGCCAUAUCUCCCAUGCCCACACCUCCCACAGCCACACCUCCCACGCCCACACCUCCCACAGCCAUAUCUCCCAUGCCCACGCCUCCCAAGCCCACACCUCCCAUGCCCACUACUGACACAUCCAAGCCUCCCACACCCUCACCUCCUCAAACAUCCCCACGCCUGGCUCCGGGCUCAGCGGAGCUCACCCUGCAGGAAGCGACCACAGGGCUCAGCCUGCUCUCGCCCGUCAGCAUCCCAGGCCCCGACACUGCCCCAUUGGCACUAUUCCCCUUGGAGGGGGACCUUGGCAAGCAAGGGCUCUGCGUGAAGGACCCAGACGGCAAGGGUCCCAGCAGGGAGCUCCUGGCCAACCAGCAGGCCCAGGUGUCCCCACGCUCGGGAGCCCAGGCUGGCCUAGGUACGGCCCAGCCUCUCCUGGAGACACGCCUUAGCUCAGCCUUGUCCCGCGUCCCCUCCCACACCACGCUCCCCCAAGGUGCCCGCUCCCGGGCCGCCCACUCCUGGGCCACCUACGCCCACGCCCUUGCCUAG